AUGGGUAAGACUAGUCGCACCGUGUGCAUUGCCCCGCCUUUGCUGCUCACAUUUGCGUCUUUGAUCUGCUUUCUCGUUAUUGCGUUGGCGCAAGUUUCUGCUGGUGGUCACAGCACUUCACUCCAGCGAGAUCUCUACUUCUUCAAAGUAGAUACGAGCAGGAUGAUCCUUAGUUCCCAAAGUUUGCUGGAUUAUCUCCCCGACAGUAUCGUUGGCAUCCAGGUUCCUGACGCCCAUCAAACCGUAGAAAAGUCCCAGAAUAUAAAAGACUUUUACGCGGUUGGCCUCUUCGGUUACUGCGAGGGUGACAUUGACACCGAAACAACUAGGAAGGAGGUAGUCACGUACUGCAGCGAUUGGAAAUUGCCAUUCUCUUUCGACCCUGUAGCUGUCUGGCAGCUGGAAAACACAAGCGUGCAAGCGAACCUAGGGGACCGAUUUACUAAGGGCAUGGAUAUAUACAGAAAAACGAUAGAGUCGACACAUUACGUCUUCAUAGCCAUGUUAGCGUUGAAUUUAUUGGAAUGCAUAGCGGGGAUACUUGCCGUGAAGGGCAGAUUGUACAGUUUGUGCACAACCAUUAUUGCCUUUUUGCAAACUAUGCUUGCCAUUACGACAGCAGUAGUAGCGAUGAUCACCUAUAUCAUGCUGAAGGGUGUGUUUGAGUCGGUCUUGCGCCCUUACAAUGUUGAGGGAUCUCUGGGACUUUCCUUGUUUUCUGUUCUCUGGUUUGGUGUCGCCUGCUCCAUUGCAUCGAGUUUCUUCUGGUCCUGGAGUGUCUGCUUUUGCUCUGGCAAAUGA